GUCAAUAAAUGUCAAAAAAUUGAAUGAAACGAGUUGCUCGCUAUUUUAAUAAAUUUUCUAUUUUUUACUUUGUUUAUCGAGUCAAAUCCGUUAGAAGUUUGAAUGAUUAAUUAUCCAAAUUAGUUACAAUGAUGGAAUCCCCAGAUAUUCUAUCCUCGAAUCCACUCCCGGCAUCUGAUUCCAACUCAGGAAGUAAGAAAAAAACUACUGAAGAAUUCCAAGACUUACAUGAACAUGUAAUAGCUAACUUUCAGAAGCCAAACAUACCUAAUAUCAACGUUCCUGAGCGCAUUAUUUUAUGUUUGGAUGUUUGUAAUGAUGAUAGUGAUACCUUGUUCCGUCUUGGGGAUGGUACUACAUUCACACCUAUAAACAUGAUUAAACGAGUCCUAGACUUUUUCCUCCAUUCAAAGCAUGCCAUCAACAAAAGAACAGAGUUUGCUCUGUUGAUUAUGAAAGACAAUGAGGCAUGCUGGCUACAUAACUUUACGAGUAACUUGAAAGAUAUAAUUAAUAUUAUUGAUUAUAUUCAACGUGAGGAAAGCACAUCUGAAAGCUUCAAUUUCCAGUCAAUAUUCCAGUUACUAAAAGAUAAUAUUGAAAUACCAGAAUACAAACAAGGAGAAUGCAUUAUGCCUCCACCUUAUGUUGUGCGCACAAUCAUUUUAUAUGGUCGAUCAAACUGUGUUCCAGUGAUACCACUGGAUGACCCAUACUUCAUGUUUUUGAAGAGACAAGCAUAUUUUUACAUAGACAUCUUGCUGUCACAUGAAGAUGAUUGUGCAUUGUAUAAGUGUGAAGAAAUAUAUGACGCUUUGCAAGAUUUAGAUAAUGGGUAUUCUUAUGUUUAUGAGGUCUCCAGAAACGCCACAAAGAUACACGAUUGCAUUGCAAAACUACUGGCUCAUCCUUUACAAAGGCCAUUACAGAAGAAUACGGACUAUACUUUUGGCAUAAGAUCAUAAGUUGUAAAUAAUUUAUUAAACUAAGUGAAAUAAAAUCAUAAAUUUA